AUCCGGUUAUUGAAUUCGGCGUAGGUGUCCUACUUUGAUGGCGCUUAGACAAGGGUGUUCAUCUGUCUUAAUUGAAGACUUUUAAUUCAUAUUUCUAUUUACAAAAGAAACUCGAGUUUCCUUUCCUUGCACCGCCCAGUUCUGGCCAAAACUUACAUAAUCAAGUAGGACUCGAGUAGAUGUUAGCUGACACUGGCUUGUAAAACCCCCAACAAGAAGAGAUUCAUGUAAAAGGAUGGCUUUACAUGGGAUACGAGUCAUUGAGAUGGCAGGACUAGCCCCUGCACCAUUUUGUGGCAUGAUUAUGGCAGAUUUUGGUGCAAGUGUCAUUAGAGUAGACAAGCCAAGAACACCAGAUAUUGACCGUUUAGGCCGUGGAAAACACUCUAUUGUUUUAGAUGUGAAGAAGCCAGAGGGAAGAAACAUUGUAAAAAGAAUUUGUACUAAUGCUGAUGUACUCAUUGAGCCGUACAGAAGAGGAGUAAUGGAAAAGAUGGGUUUAGGGCCAGAAGAACUUAUGAAGACUAAUCCCAGACUUAUUUAUGCCCGACUGACUGGUUUUGGACAGUCUGGGCCCUCUGCUGACAUGGCUGGACAUGACAUAAAUUAUGUAGCACUAUCAGGUCUCCUAUCACUUCUGGGACGUAGAGAAGGUCCUCCUACUCCACCAAUCAAUUUGCUGGCAGACUUUGCAGGUGGAGGUCUCAUGUGUGCACUAGGCAUUGCUCUUGCCUUGUUUGAACGCUCAAAAUCUGGGCAGGGCCAGGUCAUUGAUGCCAACAUGGUAGAAGGGGCAGCAUACACUGGGACAUGGUUGUACGCCUCUCGUGAUCUUCAGAUAUGGGGCAAAUCCCGUGGCUGUAAUUUGUUAGAUUCUGGUUCUCAUUUCUACGAUACUUAUGAGACCAGUGAUGGUCGUUAUAUGGCUGUUGGAGCCAUUGAGCCUCAGUUUUAUGAGCAGUUGAUUUCACUUCUUGGUCUUAACAUUGAGGAAGUUGGACAGUUUGAUGAUUUUAGUGCCAUGAAGAAGAUCAUUACGGAUAAAUUUAAAGAAAAGACACAGGAAGAGUGGACAAAGGUCUUUGCUGGAAAAGAUGCUUGUGUCACACCAGUCCUCACGCUAGAUGAAGCUCCUCUUCACCCCCACAAUGCACAACGUGGAAGCUUUAUUCCGUCAUCAACACCUGGCUACUUUGAGCCAGGUCCUGCACCCCGCUUCUCACGCACUCCUGGAACAGCAGGAACAGCAGCUCCCAAGUGUGGCCAGCAUACACUUGAAAUUCUUGCUCAGUUAGGCUACAGUAAGGAUGAGAUAGAGCAAUUGCUCCUGAAUGAAGUUGCCAUAGUGGCCAAAGAAAAAGCUCAUCUGUGAUUUUUCUAUGUACAAUAAUGUUCACUAGAUACUGUAGUUUUAUAUGAGAUAUGUAUGUAUAUUAUAUUUAUGGGAAAGCCCUAAACCCAUAGGGAGCCUGUAUGUAAAUAUAUCAUGUACUAUUACUUUCAAAAUAAAAACAUAUAAUUAUAA